GUUGCUCCUGCACGCGUUUUGGAAAUCACGUGGGUGAUAUUUGUUUCGACGUAAACGUAAAAAGACUCUCUUAGAGUGAAUUAUAUUUUAUAUUAUUAGCAGUUCACAAGUUGAUUAGAGUUGUUCGAGCGCGUGAGUCCAGCAUGGUCCGCGCGAGACGGGUCGUGAGAAAGCCCAGAGCAAACAAGGCACAGGAGUAUGACAGUGACGAUCCUGCCUGCUAUAAAAAUGAGGAAAUCCCAGAUAAGAGAUCGUAUAAGAGUGUGCAGGAUCAAGUAGAAAAAUUCCACAGCACAAAAAUCUCAAAUCUUUUGGCUCAGGGUGUGCAGUUGGACAGUGAACAACAGGAUGAGGCAGACGAGGAAGAGGUGAUGCCCCUGACACUCGAAGAUUCAGAUGAUGAAGAGGAAGAUGAGAGUAGCAGUAAUGAAGACCAAGACGAGACCGACAUGGAGAGUGAUCUGGAAGGAAAACGGGAUGAUGAUCUGCCGAAUGACAUGGCCUGGGGGAGCAAGAAGAGAAUGUAUUAUGAUUCUGAUUAUACCACUAAAAAAGGGAAGCCAUUGGAGGAGGUAGAAGCAGAGGAUAAGGAGGAAGAAGAGGAAGCAAAGAACAUCCAAAAACGACUAGCGGCCAACCUGAGUGAGGAAGAUUACGACCUGAACCUGCUCCAGGAGUUUGCAGUAGAAGAAGAAGCUGAGAAGACGGAAAAGACAACAGAGGAGCAGCGGAUCGUUAAAGACUUAAACACGCUGUCGCAGAAAGAGAAGCUGAAACUGCUGAAGAAGGAAAGUCCAGAGCUCCUGGAGCUUAUUCACGAUUUCAAGGCUAAGCUGACAGAGCUGCGAGAUGAGAUACAGCCCAUUGUGCAGAUGGUGAAAGAUGGAAAGAUUGCUCCAGGAGAGGGGACAAAUUACCUCAUGACCAAGCAGCAACUUUAUCUAAAUUAUUGCACAAACAUAAGUUUCUACCUGGUUUUAAAAGCCAAAAGAAUUCCAGCACAUAACCAUCCAGUGAUUGAGAGAUUAGUGACAUACAGAAACUUAAUUAAUGAACUGGGAGCUGUUGAUGCCAGACUCUCCCCUCAACUGCGCCAGCUGCUUUCUGAAAGGCAGGAAGAGAGACCGGCUAAAAAAACGCAAAGCAGCAAAAAGGACAAGGAUGAGGUGGCAGAUAUGCAGGAGGAUGAAGAGUCCGACUUGGAUGAAGAGGCGGCCCUGCUCUUCUAUAAAAGCGUGGAGGAGAGACUGAAACUGAAGAGAAAGAACAAGAGGCAGCGAGAGGACGGGUUAAUGAUGGAGCAGGAAGAGGCAGAAGAAGAAGCAGAGAUGGAUGGAGAGGCUAAGAGGGGUAUUACCUACCAGAUGGCCAAGAACAAAGGACUCACUCCGAAGAGGAAGAAAAUCGACCGCAAUCCCAGAGUCAAACACAGAGAGAAAUUCAGACGUGCCAAGAUUCGCAGGAAGGGUCAGGUUCUUGAGGUUCGGCGUGAGGAGACGAGAUACAGCGGAGAGUUAUCUGGAAUUCGUGCUGGAAUUAAAAAGAGCGUCAAGCUCAAGUGAUCGAUUCAGUGAUACGAAGCCAUUAAAAAGUCAAGACCGUUCAGUUUGGUUAAAAUCAGAUGUUUAUUGGCAAAUCUUUUUCUAUGAUGUACACAGACAUGAAAUAAAAAUAUCAAUUCUCUGUGUUGAUUAUGCA